AUGCACGAUCAGAGACGACGAAUUAAUAACACGAUAUAUGGAUUUAUGCCACAUAUGAAUAUCCUUAUUGCUCUGCUUGUUACAUUGCUAUUACGAGGUAUACGAAAGCUCGAAAACAAGUCGUCCAUCAGCUAUGAUAUUGGCAUCUGUGGCACCAGGCCUGGGACAAUCGCUGCGCUUACACAGCGACGUGGAUCCUGGGGCAUGAUGAUGUUGGCUGGGAUGGAUGCUGGUGAUGCGCAGCUUGUCGAAGCUGAGAGCUGA